CCACAUCUUUAGUUUUAGUGGACAACCAAACACAUCUCAAAAAAUCUCCUCGCCACGCGGCAAGAUCUCAGUUCUCAACAGUAGAAUACUACAAUAAACUCACCGCAGAGGAAUCUACACAUCGUUUACCAGGGUCAUUUUUUUGUUCUUUUUUCAACAUUUACGCCUUGAACCAUCGAUAGUUUGAUAGAUGAAUUUCAUUUUCACUGCCUCAAAAUGGCUAUAAAGAAAAACAGAGAAGAGACCUCUCCCAAAGGCUUCUUAUUACCCACGAAAAACCCAAAGCAACUAAUUUUGAGUCUUAAAGUUUGAAAGUCUUAUUGUUCAAAGAGCUCAGUUUUCCAGUCUCCUAUGGCUCUCAAUCUUCGCCAAAAACAAACAGAAUGUAUAAUCCGGAUGCUGAAUCUGAACCAACCAGUGAAUCCUGCUGGAACUGCUAAUGAAGAUGUUUACAAGAUCUUGAUUUAUGACAAAUUUUGUCAAAACAUACUGUCCCCAUUGAUCCAUGUUAAGGAUCUGCGAAAACACGGUGUGACCCUGUAUUUCCUUAUUGACAAGGAUCGAAAACCUGUUCAUGAUGUGCCGGCUGUGUAUUUUGUUCAGCCAGAUCAUUCCAAUAUCCAGAGAAUUGUAGCUGAUGCCUCACGUUCUCUCUAUGAUAGUUUCCAUCUGAAUUUCUCUUCAUCUAUACCAAGGCCACUUUUGGAGGAUCUUGCUUCUGGGACCUUGAAUUCGGAUUCAAUCCAUAGGAUUUCAAAGGUUCAUGAUCAGUAUUUGGAGUUUGUGACAUUAGAGGAUAAUUUAUUCUCUUUGUCCCAUAAAUCUACUUAUGUGCAAUUGAAUGAUCCAUCUGCUGGGGAUAAAGAGAUUGAGGAUAUUAUAGAGACGGUUGUUAGUGGAUUAUUUGGUGUUUUGGCUACACUUGCAGUGGUGCCUAUAAUAAGAUGCCCGCGUGGUGGACCAGCAGAGAUGGUUGCUUCAGCAUUGGAUCAGAAGUUGAGGGAUCAUUUGUUGUCAAAGAACAAUUUGUUUUCUGAAGGUGGGGGUUUUGUAAGCUCAUUUCAGCGUCCAAUUUUGUGCAUCUUUGAUCGUACUUUCGAGUUAUCAGUUGGGAUACAACAUGAUUUUAGGUACCGCCCGCUUGUACAUGAUAUUCUUGGGUUGAGGCUUAAUAGGUUGAGUGUUCCAGGAGAGAAAGGUGGAAUGAAAUCAUAUGAGUUGGAUAGCUCAGAUCCAUUUUGGAUGUCAAAUGGAUCAUUGGAAUUCCCUGAAGUUGCUGUUGAGAUCGAGACCCAAUUGAACAAAUAUAAGAAGGAUGUUGAUGAGGUGAAUAGAAGGACUGGUGGGACUGCAGGAGCUGAGUUUGACGGGACAGACUUGAUUGGGAACACAAAACACUUAAUGAACGCAGUGAACUCCUUGCCUGAGCUGACAGAACGGAAGCAGGUUAUUGAUAAACACACAAACAUUGCAACAGUGCUCUUGGGUGAAAUAAAGGAGAGAUCUCUUGACUCUUAUGUAAAGAAGGAGAAUGACAUGAUGGUCAGAGGUGGCAUUGAUCGAAAUGAGUUACUGAGUGUACUUAAGGGAAAAGGUACCAAGAUAGAUAAGCUGCGUUUUGCUAUAAUGUAUAUUAUCUCUUCAGAAACCAUUAACCCAUCAGAAGCAGAAGCAGUGGAAGCAGCACUAAGAGAAUCUGAGGUUGAUACAAGUGCAUUUCAGUAUGUGAAGAAGAUCAAGUCAUUGAAUGUUUCAUUGGCAUCAGCAAAUUCUGCUAGUAGAAAUAACAUUGUUGAUUGGGCUGAGAAGCUCUAUGGCCAGUCCAUUAGUGCUGUCACAGCAGGUGUGAAGAACCUAUUAUCUAGUGAUAGGCAGCUGGCACUGACAAGGACUGUGGAAGCUUUGAUGGAGGGGAAGCCAAACCCUGAAAUUGAUUCUUACCUUGUGUUUGAUCCCCGUGCCCCUAAGUCGAGCUCUGGCACUAGUGGCAACCAUCUGAAAGGACCCUUUAAAGAAGCUAUUGUUUUUAUGAUCGGUGGUGGAAAUUACGUGGAGUAUGGCAGCUUGCAAGACCUUGCACAACGUCAGCAGCCUGUCAAGCAUGUUAUAUAUGGAACAACAGAAAUUUUAACCGGAAUGGAGUUUGUUGAGCAACUCACAAUACUGGGGCAGAAGAUGGGAUUGGGCAGUUCUGUUGCUACUUCUUCAGCAACCCAUUAAUGCAGCUUUUGGAUAAAUUUGCAGAGCCUGCUAUUCGCUGGUCCAGUGCUGAAGGAGGCAGCAUGAUCCAAUUUGGAGAUACCAUGUGACCAAGUAAAUACAGAUGUGAAGCUGUGAAGCUGGUUACCUGGGCGGCGAUGCACUUAGUUGAGCCACGCACUUUUUUCUUGAACAUGCUGGUUUUAAUCAAGACUUGAACCUUUGACUAUUCAGAAGAACAUAUAUUUUUGUUCCAUUACGGUGACUAGGUAUUUUGACAAUUAAUAGCAUCCUUUUCCUCUAUUCGGAUAAGUUUCUGAAGUUGGGGUUGGCGUCAAUCGAUGCCCUCUAUUUUUUUUCUAUAUCACCUUUCUUUCUCCUACUUGGCUGUACUAAAAAAGUUUCAACUGGAUCUCUUUUUACCCCGUAAUUUCAUCAGAUAUCAAUAUAUUAGUGUUAUUCAGAUUCAUUUGUAGUUCGCAAUUGUAUUCUUGGAAAAUGUCAGAAAAUUUUUUACUCUCAAACAUAGAUUCCCAUUUCCUGUUACUGCAUUCUUUGUAUCUUUCUCCCUUCAAACUCCAUUUUA